CACCCCACCCCACCCCCACCGCCCCCUUGCAAGCCGCGUGGGGAUCUACGAGAUCUUCGAGAUGUUUGAGAUUAGUGCAGUAAGUGUGGAAGAUGCGGGAACUUCCUGUAGUGUAUAGGAAAAAUCAAGGGAAGCCCACUGCAUGUCCUGCCCUGUCUACGUCACUGAAAGAACAGGGAAGCCGAGGAGCGAGGACCUGAUGAACAACAAGUCCAACAUGCAGCAGAACAGCGAGCACAAAACCGCGCAGGAAAUGAGGUGCAGCAUUGGCUUCGCCUAUCUGUUCUCUUACUACUUACUCCAGUUCUGUGGACACACCUGGAUCUUUUCCAACAUGACCGCCAGAUUUUUCUCGUUUGGAUUCGAUGCUUUAGCUGGCACCUUUUAUUUCGUGGGGGUGAUGAUGAGUCUGUGCCAGCUUCUGUCGGUGCUGGAGCUUUUCCACAUCGCAGAUGGAAUAGAAGACAGUCGACUCCUUCCUCGGCUUGUCCAGGUGAUCGAGAGAAAUUUCCUUUUAUUUCUAAUCAUCAGUCAAGAGGAAUUUCAGAGUAAAACAGUAGUGUGUGUGCUGUUUUACCUGUGGAAUAUUUUACACCUAAUAAGGUACCCUUAUCAACUGAUGUGUCUCAUUAGCACACCGUCAUUUAAUAUGAUGUGGGCACGCUACACCAUCUCCAUCCCUGUCUACAUACUGUCUGUGAUCACUGAAGGAAUCAGUAUUGUACUGGCGAUGCCAUAUUACGAGUCACAAGGCACGUAUUCUUUUCAGCUAAAUACACCGGUUUCUGUCUACGUCCAUUUCUCGUACCUUCUAAUGGCUUACAUCCCUCUGUUGGCAGCAGGUUCUGGCUUGACAGUGCGAAACCUACUCAAAGAAAGGAGUCAGUCUCUUGAGAACUGGAAUAAGAAGACGAAAAUGGACUAAAAGUUAAGGACAUUGAUGACACAUCGCCAUGUUUGCUGCAAAAAAAUCUUUUUUUUUCUUUUUGUGAAAGUGAAAAGGACAUAAUUCCAAAAUACCCAUUGACAUUUGGAAAUUAGGUCUAAAGGGAUCUGGUAUGCCUGGGAUGUAAACAUAGAGUGUGGCAAUUCAAAUUUAAUGGAAUGACAAUAAAUGUUGCACAUUUUCAUAGUAA